CACUACGAAUUCGUUCGUUGACUCGUGAGCACAAGUGUAAUCGACGCGCAUGCGCAAAAGUAUAUUUGCAGUGCACUAGAAAAUAAAAGGGAAGCUAGUAAAUGUAAAUAUGCCACACAAGAUUGUAAUAAAACUACGAAGAUGAUCGAGGCAUUUGCGAACCAUCUGAGCAGUCAUCUUGGACGUCACCUUUUUUAUUGGGCAAUUACAACACCGACGCCGAGAGGUCUCGACGGCGUCCAUUACGGCCUCAAUCUGCGUCUGUCCGAGCUAAUCAACAAAAUUCACGGCCCCCUCGAGCGGGGUGUGAAGGUGCUGGAUCACUUGCUUACUCUCGAAGAGGAAGACUUUAGCGGUCAUUGGGGCAGCGCUUAUGCGCACAACUAUGAACCGGAGUCCCAACUUCCUGACUCUGAAAACGAGGAGCAGCCUCCUGCCGAAGAACACUUGCCUAGAUCUUACAAUAUGGAAACACUUAACAAUGGCAACGGUCUCUUACACUCACCCCCGCACAAUCACCAGCAGCAGCCACAACAACGUGGAGCAGCAAUCACCUCCCCAGGGAUAAGUUCAGUGGGCGGUGCCACUGAUCACAACAUACAGAUUACGCAGCCCAUUAGUGCCCCAUCCUCACCACUUGCAUCGCCAAGUACUCUAACUUGCGGCAACAGUGGCAAUAGCAACUCCACCACAUUCUGUCUACCUUCCAGUUCAACUGACAUUGCAACAAUUGCCUCAAUAGCCGCGGUUGCAGGUGGCACGACCAAUGCAACAACGUCAACAUCCAACAGUGGCAGUGGCUCUUACGUGUGUGCGGCUGGCAGCAACGCCAGUUAUGCCGCCGUCGGCGCCUCGAAUGCAAUCGACACUGCCGAUCCAAACUGGCAAGCGAGCAAGGCGACAGUGUUGGAGCGCAAUGCAGCAAUGUUCAACAAUGAGCUGUUGUCGGAUGUGAGGUUCAUUGUGGGCGGUGAUUUUGAUUUCGAUCCGAAUCAAACAAUUCCUGCACACAAAUACAUUCUUGCCACUGGCAGCUCUGUGUUCUAUGCCAUGUUUUACGGCGGAUUGGCGGAAAACAAGGAAGAAAUCAAAGUGCCUGAUGUAGAACCAACGGCUUUUCUUACACUUUUAAGAUAUCUGUACUGUGACGAAAUCAAACUAGAGCCCGAGCAUAUAUUGGCCACGUUAUACGCUGCCAAAAAAUAUAUUGUUCCACAUUUGGCGCGUGCUUGCGUUAACUACCUCGAAGUUAAGCUGACGGCAAAAAACGCCUGUCUACUUCUCAGUCAAUCGCGCCUUUUUGAGGAGUCCGAACUGAUGCAGCGUUGUUGGGAAGUAAUCGAUGCCCAGGCCGAGAUGGCAGUUAAAUCCGAAGACUUUGUGGACAUUGACCUGAAGACGUUUGAAUCAAUCUUAUCGCGUGAAACUUUAAAUUGCAAAGAGAUACACUUGUUCGAGGCCGCUCUCAAUUGGGCUAUAAAUGCAUGUGAAAAAAUGAGUAUCGACGAAACAUCACAAAACAAACGGCGAGUGCUAGGUCACGCACUUCAUCUGAUACGCAUACCGACCAUGAGUCUAGAAGAAUUUGCGAAUGGCGUAGCUCAAACUGGCAUACUCACAUCCCAAGAGACAAUUGAUAUGUUCUUACACUUUACAGCCAAAGAAAAGCCCAGCUUGAGUUUUCCUACGAGAAUACGUGCAGGACUUAAAACUCAAGUCUGUCACCGUUUUCAGUCAUGCGCCUAUCGUUCAAACCAGUGGCGAUAUCGGGGACGCUGUGAUUCCAUACAGUUCUCAGUAGAUCGAAGAAUUUUCAUCGUAGGCUUUGGUCUAUAUGGCUCUUCCACUGGAGCUGCAAACUAUAACGUGAAGAUAGAACUAAAGCGUCUAGGGCGCACUCUAGCCGAGAAUGAUACGAAGUUUUUUUCGGAUGGUUCAAGCAACACUUUUCAUGUAUUUUUUGAGAAUCCCAUACAAAUUGAACCGGAAUGCUAUUAUACGGCCUCAGUUAUACUUGAUGGAAAUGAGUUGAGCUUCUUUGGCCAGGAGGGAAUGUCAGAAGUACUCAUGGGCAACGUUACAUUCCAAUUUCAAUGCUCUUCAGAGAGUACCAAUGGCACUGGAGUGCAGGGUGGACAAAUACCUGAAUUAAUAUUCUAUGGACCCACUACCGUUGUUACUGCACUCAAUUCGCCCACCAACUCAGUAAGCGCUGCCAUUGCAGGAUCCACACAGGCUAUUUCUAAUGGUAGUGGUGUCUCUUCUGAUAUUGGGAGUAGCAGCAAUACCAAUAAUGGCUCAGAUGAAAUGCUAUUAAUGAACAACGCCCCAACAAGCAACAGUGAUGGAAGCAACACUUGAUGCGCACAGCUAUACUGCGCUGAAUGGCAAGGCGCCUGCUACUAUCGACAGCAGACACAACAGCAGCUGCAACAUCAUAAGAGGCAGAUUCAGCUACAACACACACAUAAUAGGAACUCAUGGGGUUUCAGUGCAAUGCAUCAAAACAAAUUGGAGGUUUAGAAAUGCGAAAUUAACAUUAUAUAUGUAGUUAUUAUUCCCAUCAUUUACUUGAAGACAGUCAUAAGUAAAAGAAAACUACUUUUCUUUGUUAAUUAGGCAAGCGAGCGACAUGUAGGUGCAACACCACACCUAUCUAGUGAAAUAAACUGCUACUGUGUUUGAAGUACAUAGAUCUAAAUGCACACACAUCUCUUGGUGAAUUACAGUUUUAAAUUUAAAAGGUAAUUCCAAAGAUGAUUAACAACUACUUAUAAGCGUAGAGCAAUGCUAUUUAUAUUGCAUUUGGUAGGGUCAAGCUUAAACUUAAAAAAUCGUAGAAGUAAUUAAUUAUUCACCGGGCAAUCAAUCAAUAUAAGAAUAACAAAUCAAGUAAAAGAAAUUUAUGCCAAAAGCGUCACAAAGAAUUCUUAUUUUCUCAUGAUCGAAAGAUCGAAAAAAAAUGUUCCACUAAUUUAAUGAGAAUCUAAGAUGUUGAAAUAUGCAUACGAAUUUGAAAGCCAUGAUAAAUAUACAUACAUAUACCUACAUAUAACUAAACAUUAAAGCAUAAAUGAAUAGAAAGCAAAGCUCGCAAAAUAACUGUUGACCGUUUUUCUUCCUGCGCUCUCGCUGCGAGAACAACCGAAAAAGUUCUUACUCUCCCGCUCUGAGCAAGAGACUUGAAUUCCUUGCCUAUGUAUGUGAGAGUAUACCAACACAUACGCAAAAGACUUUUUGCUUCAAUGAACACGACAAAACGGUCUUGGAACAACCAGAACAAAACGGAAUAUAAAAAAACUGAUUCGCUCUGAGCGCGAGCAAGCUCUUACAAGAACCCAUAAAUCGGUUUCUGAGUCUUUUUGUAAAGUCAGGAAAAGUCACUUAUUUGCACACAACGAGAAAUAGUCGACAGUUAUUUGCGAGCUCUAAUAGAAAGUUGUUUUAACGUAAAACAUGCAAUUGAUGUUCGACUCUGUUUUCUAUCGGAAUGGAAAUCAUUUAACACUAUUUUCAGUUGGUACCCAAUAAUAAAACUAAUUUUUUGGGUGAUGCUGAUUUCCACAUAAAAAGAACAUUAUGAAAUUCUUACAAAUAGAUAAUAUAAGAAAUUAUUUUAAUUCUGUACCACGACUAUUAACAAAUAAAUCGCAUUCGAUUCUUUCUAUGAAAUACAUAUACAUAAUGCAAAUAAUAAAACCAAAAGACCUAAACU